CCUCCGAUUGAAACGACGGGCGCCCUCAAUUUCAACCUUCCAAUCAAUAUAUAGACCUCAUUUCCCCAACUUCUCUGUGAAGUAAUCAAACAAAACUGAUUUGGCUGAUCAACAUAUCGAUAGCUCAGAGGAGUUCUGAUUUCUUGUCUGGUCUUUUCGUGAUCGUGUCUUGUCCUUUGAAACAAGGUUGAUUAUCAAUCAUGGCUUUGAUAGCUGAGGAGCCUCUUUUGGCAGAUAACCCUCAGAGGUUUUGUAUGUUUCCAAUCAAGUAUCCCGAGAUCUGGGAGAUGUACAAGAAGGCAGUCGCUAGCUUUUGGACCGCUGAGGAAGUUGAUCUAUCAGAGGAUAAUAAUCACUGGGAAAGGCUGUCCUCUGAUGAGAAACACUUUAUAACCUACGUUUUGGCCUUUUUCGCUGCUUCUGAUGGCAUUGUUUUGGAGAAUUUGGCUGGUCGCUUUAUGAAAGAGGUUCAAGUCCCUGAGGCUCGUGCAUUUUAUGGUUUUCAAAUUGCAAUAGAGAAUAUCCAUUCAGAAAUGUAUAGUCUUUUAUUGGAGACUUAUAUUAAGGACACCAAACAGAAAACUCAUUUGUUUAAUGCCAUUGAAACUAUUCCUUGCGUGACAAGGAAAGCAGAUUGGGCUCUUAAAUGGAUUGAUAGCUCUGAAAGUUUUUCUGAAAGGAUUCUAGCAUUUGCCUGUGUGGAGGGUAUUUUUUUCUCUGGCAGCUUCUGUGCAAUAUUUUGGUUGAAGAAGAGGGGGCUGAUGCCAGGCCUAACUUUCUCAAAUGAGCUUAUUUCAAGGGAUGAAGGUCUUCACUGCGACUUUGCCUGUUUGCUCUACAGCUUUUUGGAAAACAAGCUCAGUGAGGACAGAGUGAAGGAAAUAGUGUGUGAGUCUGUUGAUAUUGAAAGGGAGUUCAUAUGUGAUGCACUUCCAUGUGAUCUUGUGGGGAUGAAUGCCAACCUUAUGGCUCAAUAUAUUGAAUUUGUUGCUGAUCGAUUGUUGGUUGCACUAGGGUGUAAAAAAGUUUACAAUGUGCAAAAUCCAUUCGAUUGGAUGGAGUUGAUUUCUCUCCAAGGAAAGACCAACUUCUUUGAAAAAAGGGUUGGUGAAUACCAGAAGGCUUCUGUUAUGUCAAGCUUGACCAACACUGAAGGGCAUCAUGUAUUUAGGUUGGAUGAAGACUUUUGAGCCACUGUAUCAAAGGCUUUAUUGAGAUAGUUUGGUCGAGAACCUUCUUCCUCAGCUAUUGCAUUGAAGACCCCCUUGAUAUGUGGUCUGGCUGGGGAUAUUUCUCUCUUUGCCUUUACUGCAAGGCAUUGCAUCAUUCCUUCUUGAAUUAGAGUCUGGUUGAUGGCCAUUGUUUCUCAGUUAUUGCAUGUAAAAUUAUCUGUGUAAGGCCAAUCACCAAUAAUUUGAAGUUUUAGAUCAAUUGUUGUUACAUCAAAAGCAAUGUAAAUCGGAAAUCAACAUGUUUUUGGUUUGUAAGAUUUUAA